UUGGUGUCUUCUGGCAUAACUGUUUUGCCCCGAAUUCUUUUUGAGGGCGGCGACACAGGAGAGGUACAUGUGGGCGUCUCCGUGGGCAACCGACACUCGGCAAAGGACGAGGAAACUGUCGGUGAUGCUCCAGAGUCUAUCGGUCGUUGAACGGCGGCACUUUGGAGUUUAGACAACUCCGUUUCGCGGGCACUCGUGGGCGUCUGUGUGCACCGGUUUCAGUGUGCCUUCCUGUCGGACUCUUCUUCUACCGUUUGUCGAUGCACAAGGUGAAGGCUGAGGCCGUGCUGGAGUUCUUCGGAUGGGUUGUCCGGCGAUUUGGUGCCAGGAAAUCCCCAACUGUGCUCUUCUUGUGCGUUGCCUCCGUGUCUGCACGACUUUUUUCGAGUUCGACUUUUUCAGGGUGUUGUCCAGACAUCCCACCCGGUCAGGCACUACGGGAGUGUCUUUGACGCACUCAAGACGUGAAUGUGCAUGAACCGCGAGGAAAGCGGACUGGAUCGCCCCGUUGUCUUCUUUCUCCAGAUGCUACCCAGCUUCUAGACACUCCUCGAAAUCGUGGGAACUGUCAAGUUUGUAGCCAUUUGGCUCCUCUCUUUUGCGUAAAAACGGGUGCUUGCUCGAGUUUCGCCACUUUCUCUGCGACGAUGACGCAGCCUGUCGCAGCUGGCGGGGAAGACGCGCGGCCUUCCGCUGCGUCUUCGCCGGGCUCCUCCAUGAACGUUUCUGUUGUUGAGAUGACUCCUGCUACCUCAGCUGUACCUGCAGCUGCCUUGAGUUCCUCCGAGUCACUGGCGUCAACACACAUUGACUUGCCAACAGGCAAGGAGCAGGCAGCGGGGUCUCCUCAGCCUCCUAAAAAACCGCAUCAGAUGGGGCUUUCUGCGGAUCCCGCUCAGCCGGGAAAGGGCAAAGAAGGGAGUCGGCAUAAGGUUCCGGACGUACGGCAGCCUCUCGGAGUUCGCUUCUUCGUCGCGGUCUUCACUGCCUGCCUCACGGGCCUCAUUGCUGGAUACGACCUCUGCUGCGUCUCGGUCGUUCUCAACCCCGUCCAACAAGCGUUCAAUCUCUGCGGAACUUCCUUCACAUGCGCUGACAAAAGCAUGUUUAUCGCGCUCUUCGCACCUGGAGCCGCGAUUGGAGGCCUCUGUGGAGGGCUGCUGGCUGAUGCGGUGGGCCGACGUGCAUCCCUCGUCCUCAGCGAUUUGCUCGUCGUCGUUGGAGGUUUCCUCAUCUCCAUGGGCGGCCUUUUUUCGCAUCUCUUGCUGGGGCGUUUUUUUCUCGGCUUGGCAACUGGUAUCGGUUUCGUCGUCAUCGCCACGUACAUCAGCGAAAUCGCACCUGAAUCGCUGCGGGGUGCGCUCGUUAGUUCGCAGGAAAUGCUGCAAGUGUGCGGUUGCCUCGGUGCGUAUGGCGCGGCUUGGGUCUUCGGAGCUUGGACGUGGCGGCCUCUGCUUGAAGUCAUUCCAAUCCUGGGCCUCAUGCAGGGGCUGUGUGUCGUCUUGUUUUUACCCGAAAGUCCGCGGUGGCUCGUCCAAAAAGGUUUGCUUUCUCAAGCUGAGAAGUCGCUUAUCAGAUUGGGCAUGCGCCGAGAGAAUGCAGCUCUUUCCGUGGUGAAUUUAAGGCGUCAGGUUGGCGAUCAGGCUCACCAGGGAGUUGGAGAAUAUCUACAGAAUGUCCGACGCGGCAUGUCGACCCACAAACGCGCUCUGGGGAUCGCCGUUGCAUGCGCAGUUGCACACCUCGCCACCGGGGGAAGCACGAUUCAGUAUUUUGCCGUUGACAUUUUCCAGUUCGCCGGCAUCUGCGACACCAGCGCCGCAGGAUUUCUUGUCGGCAUAGCGAAGAUGGCAGGCGUAGUUACGUGCGUGGGUCUUGUGGACGUCUGGGGACGAAGGAAACUUCUGUUCCUGGGAGUUGGCGGCAGCUGCCUUUGCCACGUUUUGUUGACGGUUGCCUUUGGCUUGCUCCAAGGCACACAUGGUCACCUGAGCGGACACUGCACAACUGAGGCGCUCACUGCAGGAUGGAAGCAUCUAGAGUCAGCGUCCUACCUUGUUUUGUCAGCUGUCUUUAGCUACAUCUUCUUCUGGAGCGCCGGAUGGGCGAGCUUGAUGCUCGUGCUGGCAAGUGAGGUGGUACCGACGUGUGUCCGCGGCGUUGGAGUUGGGCUGACGACCAUGACAAGCCAUUUGGGCGCAUUUUGUCUCCAGAUUGGUUUUGAGCCGCUGUUUGAAUUAGUCACUCACGCCGGAACGUUCCUGAUUUUCGUCGUGACGAGCCUGCUGUCGCUUCUGUUCACGGUUCUCACGGUCCCUGAGGCUAAAGGACGCUGUCUGGAGACACUGCACCGAGGAGAAGAUCCGGAAGCAGGUCAUGCCACUGGUGACACGAAGAAGAACGUACAACUGUCGAGUGGGGAGGGCGACAAGAAUAUGGCUAUUGCUCAGUAG